AACCGGUCAACAAGAGCCGUGAAUCACUGGGCUGAACUUGGGCAUAUAUAAAACUGUAUUCUUCCUUAGUGUUUACAGUCUCUAAUGUUAUCACAGUGAGCAGUAGGAUACAGAAAAGAAAGCACUAGCUGUGCUCAGCUGCAACAACAAAAUUCUUAAGCAUUUGCAUUUGUAUUUGCGUCAAAAAAACACCUAGCUAGCUAACAACUGUAAAGUCAGCUAACUGCUGUUGUAAUUUGUUCAAAUUGUAUAGCCAACGAAAGGCAAACAUGGUUGCCUCAAAGAAGAUGAAGUCUUUCGAGAUCAUUUUCAGUGAUCCUAGCAAGCUCUACUAUUGCAGCGGGGACAAAGUAGCCGGGAAGAUUAUAGUGGAAGUGUCUGAGGUGACCAGGGUUUCGGCUAUGAGAGUCAUUGGAGCUGGAUGCGCAAAGGUGGAAUAUGCUAAGGGGAAACAACGUUGCCGUGAUGAGAUUGAAUAUCUGAAAUACGAGGAAGUUGUUCACCUGGAUGACCAUCCACAAGAUGUGGAUGGGUCUGUCACCCUCAGACCAGGCAACCGAUAUGAGUACAUGUUUGGAUUUGAGCUUCCUCAGCACGGGCAGCUGGUCUCAUCCUACAUGGGAAAGUUUGGUUAUGUUCAGUACUAUGUGAAGGCGGUCAUGGAGAGGCACUCUGAGCCUGCCCUGGAGUACAAGAAAUUCUUUGAGGUGGAAGAGCCCCUGGAUGUCAACACCCCUGACCUCCUGUCGCCCACAGGUGGGACAAAGGAUAAGAAGGUGACCUGCAUGUUCAUCCCUGAUGGCCAAGUGUCUCUGAGUGCAAAAAUCGACCGCAAGGGCUAUUGCGAGGGUGAAGACAUCUGCAUCAAUGCCAAGUUUGAGAACACCUGCUCCCGCAUUGUGGUGCCGAAGGCGGCUAUCAUCGCAAAGCACACCUAUCAGGCUAAUGGCCGCACCAAGGUCCGCAGUGAGAAGCUCUCAGCCGUGCGCGGUGACCACAUCAUCUCGGGCAUGUGCGACACGUGGCAGGGCAAAGCCAUACGCAUUCCCAAAAUCAAGCCCUCCAUCCUGGGCUGCAACAUCAUUCGCGUGGAGUACGCUCUCAGGAUCUACGUUCACAUCCCUGGCAGUGACAAGCUUUUCCUGGAGCUGCCCCUGGUCAUUGGGACCAUCCCCUACAAUGGCUUCAGCAGCCGCACCAACAGUAUGAGCAGCCAGCAGAGCAGUUUGGCCUCCAGCAGCUGGGUGUCCCGGGGCAUGCCAUCCGCCCCGCCCAGCUACAGCGAUAUCUCCUGCGACUACAGAGUUGACAGCCCCCUCACGCCCCUGCUGGAUGACAUCGACGCCGACGACAGCCCCAUCUUCAUCCGCACACACCCGGAGUUCCAGUACCCACCACCUCCUGCUUACACUGAGGUUGACGAGGGGCUCACCGGUAACAGCCGUGCUCUGCAGGUCUGCUAGGCUGUUUUCCAGGACUUCUGCCCGUGCUGUAUGGCCCUGUCUUUACUUUAGCACUUACUGCUCCAGACAAAAAGAAUUGGGGGGGCUUCCAGCAAGUUAUAAUGGACGGCAGUGGCAGAAGGACUGCUAGGGUCGGAACUGCGAGAGACUGCCCCAGCAUGAAACAAGAUGCAGAUGUUGAGAGACAACAGCUCCCCAAGCUGAGAGUCUUGCACUGCAGAAUGUGCAGAGGGGAACUUCACAGGACUGGUGUUAAUCAUUUGGCCUGGCAAAGAACGGUGUGCUCUCAAGCUGUAAAAGGGCUGCUCUGCUGAGGUCUUUGGAGUUAUGGGUCAUAUCAGUAUUUCACUCCAAAACGCAGGAGCUGAGGGGUUAGGAAAGACACUCAUGUAAAUGCCUGGAGUGGCCUCUACAUGAGUGCCCUUGGGACCUCACAAAUUAAGUUUAGGUUCUCAUCAGCAUAUGGCUUUCUUUUGUCUGUCCAUCCAUUUUAAAGCAAUUAGGCAUUCCAUACACUAAAUCACUUAGCCAGAGUCUUCCAGAGAAAAUAGGCUAUAUUAACAUGUAUAUGAGGAAAUGUAUAUAACUUAUGUUGGGUUGCAGCUAAUAUGUCACAUAAGCUACAUAUCAAUGUCCCUGUAUUUAGGAACUAUCAUGUAGCAUCUGUUGGGAUUUGCAGUGUACCAGUUUUAUCAUUUUGUAUUAUAUUGCACUUUUUUUCAAACUUGGAUUGCUGUUGUACUGCAUAGUCUUUAGUCUUCCCUGUUUGAUAAUGCUGUAAAAGAAACCAGGCAAUAAAGCAUGCAAGCAUUGUUUAUAUGAAGGCAAACCCAUCACACCAUGAGACACUUUGCUUGCCAAAAUGUCUUGAUAUUGCAAGUACGAAAUGAGGGUACACUUUCAGUACAAGUUACUGUCAUGUGCUUUGCGAAAGCAGGAAGGGCACAUUACAUUAAUACUUUCUUGAUGGGAUUUUAUGUUUCCCAAGCAACCUUUCAUUUCAAUCUUGGAAUUGAUCAGUCCUACAAUGCACUUGUAUUUUUGUAUAUAUUGAGAAUGAAGUGUUUUUUUAUGAGACCCUAUGGGUUAGUUUUCUAUACAAGACAACAAUAAAUUAUUGAAAAUGA